AUGUCAGUACCAAGAAUCAUUCUGAACCAUUUGUUUGGGAUAUGUGAGGGAACACAGGAGUUGGACUCCCCCAGACAGCACAACCUGGAGAUGCACAGCUCCUCUCAGGAAGCGAGAAAGCUUCCAUCUCACCAUUUUCCCACUGUCCUCUUGCUUCCCACAGAAAAUGGCCAAAGUGCACCGUUUUUUGGGGCAGAAUGUGCUCUGCAGCCCUCUGUGCCUGUGCUGAGGAAUGCCACACCCUCAGCAGGAAGUAUAUGCAACUUCUACAGGGUCUCCACACCAGCUGGGAGUUCAGCAUGGCUCCUGCCAUCAGACUCCAGCACUUGUUGCCAGCAGCUCAUGGACAGAGCCUCCCUUUACCAGCGAGCUGGCACUACCACGUUGACUACACUGACCGAGCAGAACCAGAUCUCCACCCUGGCACUUCCCUAUGCAGGUCUCCUCCAGUGUGAUCUCACAGGAAGCUCUGACAGGAGAGAAACUGCAUUCCAGGACUUCACUGUAACUAUCAUUGACCAGAAUACCACACUCUCCUCCCUGGCUAUGACAGCCCAGGGUGACAGUAUUCUAGAUCCCAAUGCCUUAGUCCCUCUUUAUCCGACACUCUCUGCCAGCCUUGUCCAGGCCACAUCAUCAGAGGUGCCAAAUCAAGGAUACAACCUGGCACCUUCCUACCAGGAUGGCAGCCAGCUCUAUUACUACAGCCUCAACAGCCUGAGCCCUCUGACGGCUGGAGAACUCAAGCAGUGCCUGCAGGCCUAUGGCCUUGUGUCCUACUCUGGAACUCAGGCCUCCUCCCUGCAACCAGAGAUGGUGAUGAUGCUAAAGGAGUUUCAGCCAGUGAACAUCCAAACACCUUUCUCCACCUCUGCCUUCUACUGUCCCACAUCUGCUCAAGCCAUGCCAGACAGCAGCCUUCAAGUGGUGGAAAUGGAGCCGCCUCUGGAAUUGACACCUUCAGGUCAGACAUUCUGUUUGCUGAUGAGUCCAGACCUUGGCAAUGCCUGCACCCAUGACAACCGGAUGAGGACACCACCUGUCAGUGAGGACAGGUCAUUAACUACCCUCAGUCCACAGUCCUUCAGAAUUCAGCUGCCUCCAUUGCCUCCAGCUCCAAGCCUGGAACAAACAGAAAAUAACAACUUGGAUUUUAAGACAGCGCGAUCUUAUCAACGCCAUUUGGAUACCUAUGAGGCCUACGGCAGAAACCUUGUUCUUGACAAUGACGCCUUGGGAAACGGCAGCCUAGGUCAGGAAGAGCCUGGGGUGUUUCAGAGUGUGGUAGGCUCCAACAUGGACUUUGCAGACAUGACUGCACUCAUGGCCGAUAUUCACCUUCCCCAACUCUUCAACUCCCUCACAGAGCUAAACCAAUUCCAAGAUCCCAGAGCACCUCAAUCCAAAGACUCCACAGUCAUCAGGAGGGAUCAGGCCCAGGAAAGAUCCAGCGGCAUCAGUGCACCCUCAGACCAAGUAAGAAAGAAUGACCAGAAAGUCUCUGAGCUGCUUGCUGGAGCUCCUCAAGCCAGAAUCCAACUCCAGAAACUGGUGGAGGGAGAAGAGGCUGUGGGCAGUGCUGGGUUCAGUGAAGGGGCUUUCGACAACAUGGCCAAGCACUUGGAGGGCAAAGCUCAGAAAGUCACACCCAGCAAGCGCAGCAGAGCUGGGGCACAUGGGCAAGACAAGGCCAAGAAGACUAGAGAAAACAACUCCAAGAAAACAGAGGAGCUGAAGCCAUCAAAUCACAGAGCCAAGGCAGAAGAGAAGCCCACCAUCCCCAAGACCAAGAGGAAGAGGAAUCCACCUGAGCUCAGCCAUGACAGCUUUAAGAAGCCUCGAACUCACCUGGGCAUGCACAUGCUGGAGUCCGUGCAGGUCUUUCACCCACUGGGGAAGAAGAGUGAGAAGAAAACUGGCAUCUCCUCCUCCCGGGCUCUGCUGAACUUCAGCAGCAAUAAAGAUCCCAGGACAGGCCCGGAUACCACAUCACUGCUGGAUAUGCCACGUGAGGGCCAAACCUUUGACAAAAGCCUGGGCAAGAUUCAGAGACCAGGGGGCAUUGCUCACAAGCGGUGUCCAUCUCCAUCCCAGUAUGAGCUGCCCCCACCUGGGAAGGUCAAGUUAGUACCUCUGCCUUUCCCAGUCCUGGACAAGCCUCAAGCCAAACCUGUUUCCAGAAAGCUGCUCUGCCUGGCUUCACGCAGGCCCACUGUGGCUUACCCAGUGAAGUCUCACUCCCACUCAGCUCAGCCUCCCACGCUCAAGUCAUCCCAACCAGCUCCUGCCACCACAUCUUUGAUGGCCUCUGACAAGCCAGCUCUGCCAAACGGCACUAGUGCCACACGAGCUAAUAUAACCAAGCCCAUCCAGUCGUUCACUGGGCCCCAGCCGGCUGCCUCGAGGCCUGCACCCUACAGAGCAUCAUCUCACACUUCACUCCACAGGGAGCCUCUUUCUGCUGCCAGGAACAAGGCCCUCUCGUCUCCCAAAGCUAAAACCCAAUACCUGCUGCUAGACUUCAGUUGCCAACCCAUCCCAUGGAGGAAAGUGGACAUUCCAGGGCCAGUCAUCUCACAGCCCAUCCCUGAAGAGCAGAGGCCAGAGAGGGAGGCCAUGAAGAGGCGGGCUCAACAGGAGCGAGAGAAUGCUGCCAAGUACACCUCUCUGGGAAAACUGCAGUUUUUCCUUCAGAGGGAGAAGGAUAUGGAAAUUUCGAAAUAUUAUGGCUAUGCAAUGUAA